AUGUCGGACAACUUGGCCGGCGACAAGCCGCAGGCAAGCACCAACAUACACGGCAGGGACUCGGCCUCGUCCGGCUCGGGUAGCGCAGGCCCAGACAAGGUCGUCAUCAGUGGCACCAUCACCAACCGGCCGCCGCUGGUCAAGAACUUCAAGAAGCCGUCGAGCCCAGGCGCGUUGGCCAAGCUCAGCGGGCUGCGGGUGGCCUCGAAGCGGCCCUUGCCCACCGAGACAGGCAAUGGCACGUACAUUGUGGCAAAGACCCAGACGGGGCUGCGUGAGGACCUCAAGCACCUGACGUGGGCUAAUGUGAAGACGGUGCUGGACCUCGCCAAAUCCAAGAAGAAGGGCGGGCCCGUCGACGACCGCACGAUGCUCAUGGAGCGCGUCAUCCAGCUCGUGGCGGGCCUGCCGACCCAGUCCCGCAAGCGCGAGCUGCUGACGUCCAACUUCGUCACGGAGCUGUGGGAGUCGCUGGAGCACCCGCCGGCACUGUUUGUGGGCGACAAGUUCCAGUACCGCAUGGCCGACGGCAGCUACAACAACAUACACAACCCGACGCUGGGCGCCGCCGGCACGACGUACGCCCGCACGGUGCACUCAACCGUCACGUCGCCCGCCGCGCUGCCGGACCCGGGCAUGGUCUUUGACUCGGUCAUGCGCCGCAGGGAGGGCAAGUACAAGAGCCACCCCAACAACGUGUCGAGCGUGCUGUGGUACUGGGCCACCAUCAUCAUCCACGACCUCUUCUGGACCGACCACACCGACCCCAACAAGUCCAAGACGUCGUCCUACCUCGACCUGUCGCCGCUCUACGGCAGCAACCAGCAGAUGCAGGACACCAUCCGCACCUUCCGCGACGGCCGCCUGAAGCCCGACGCCUAUGCGGACAAGCGCUUGCUCGGCAUGCCCCCGGGUGUGUCCGUGCUGCUCAUCAUGUUCAACCGCUUCCACAACUAUGUGGCCGAGAACCUAGCCGCCAUCAACGAGGGCAACCGCUUCCCGCGCCCGGCUGGCUCGCCCGACGACGAGGGUCUCGAAGACCGCGCCAAGGCCGCCUGGGCCAAGUACGACAACGACCUGUUCCAGACGGCGCGCCUCGUGACGUCGGGCCUGUACAUCAACAUCACGCUUGUGGACUACGUGCGCAACAUUGUCAACCUCAACCGGGCCGACACGACCUUCACGCUGGACCCCCGCCUCGACACCGAGAUCAACUCGGGCACGACCCUGCAGUCGGAGCGCGGCACAGGCAACGUCGUGUCGGCCGAGUUCAACCUGUGCUACCGCUGGCACUCGUGCAUCUCGGCCAAGGACGAGAAGUGGAUCGAGGACUUUUACCACGACAUCUUUGGCAAGCCGGCCGCCGAGGCCACCAUGAUGGACCUUAUGGGCGGCUUUGUCAAGUUUGACCGCUCCAUCCCCGACGACCCGGGCGCACGCACGUUUGGCGGCUUCACGCGCGGCGCUGACGGCCGCUUUGACGACGACGAGCUCGUCGACUGCAUGAACGACGCCGUCGAGGACGUCGCCGGUGCGUUUGGCGCCAACAACGUGCCGCCCGCCAUGCGCUGCGUCGAGGUCCUCGGCAUGCUGCAGUCCCGCAAGUGGAACCUGGCCGGCCUCAACGAGUUCCGCAAGCACUUUGGCCUCAAGCCGUACGAGAAGUUUGAGGACAUCAACCCGGAUCCCGAGGUUGCCGACUCACUGCGCCACCUGUACCAGCACCCGGACUUUGUCGAACUGUAUCCAGGCAUCGUGGCCGAGGCCGCCAAGGACCCCUUGGUGCCCGGUGUCGGCAUUGCGCCCACAUACACCAUCUCUCGGGUCGUGCUGUCGGAUGCCGUCGUACUCGUCCGCGGCGACCGCCACUACACGGUCGACUACGGCCCGAAGCAGCUGACCAACUGGGGCCACAAGGAGGUGUCGUACGACCUCAACGUCAACCACGGCUGCGUCUUCUACAAGCUCUUCAUCCGCGCCUUCCCCAACCACUACAAGCAGAACAGUGUGUACGCUCACUACCCCAUGGUCGUGCCCGCCGAGAACCUCGCCAUCCUCAAGAGCCUCAAGCGCGACCACCUGUUCGACUUCGCCCGCCCCACGCCCAUCCCGCAGCGCAUCAACAUCACGUCGUACGGCGGCGCCCAGCAGGUGCUCGAGAAGCAGGAUACCUUCAAGGUCACGUGGAACGAGGGCCUGGGCUUCCUCAUGGGCGAGCCCGGCAACCGCUUUAUGCUGUCGGGCGACACGCCGCUGCACGCCCGCCAACGCCAGUGCAUGGGCGCGCUGCUGUACCACAACGCGUGGAAGGCCGACGUCAAGGCGUUUUAUGCGUCGACCGUCAAGGCCCUGCUGGACGAGAAGAGCUAUGUGCUCGCCGGCAAGCGCCAGGUCGACAUCAUCCACGACGUCGGCAACAUUGUGCACACGCACUUUGCGGCGCGCGUGUUCAACCUGCCCCUCAAGACGACGGCCAACCCCAAGGGCGUCUACUCGGAGCAGGAGUUGUACAUGGUGCUCGCCUUGAUCUUCGUCACCAUCUUCUUCGACAUUGACCCCGUCAAGUCGUUCCCUCUGCGCCAGGCCACCAAGGAGGUCUGCACCCAGCUCGGCUCCCUCAUCGAGAGCAACGUCAAGCUCGCUCUCGGCCUCGGUAUGCGCGCCAUGUUCUCGGGUCCGGCCCCCAACAAGAAGGCCCAGGACAGUCUGGCCGCCUACGGCAUCAAUAUGACCAAGGGCCUCCACAAGUCUGGUUUGGACGCCAAAGAGAUUGCCUGGAGCCAGAUCCUGCCGACCGCGGGCGCCAUGGUGCCCAACCAGGCCGAGGUGUUCGCCCAGGCGGUCGACUUUUUCCUGACGCCUGCCGGGUCUGUCCACAUCCCCGACAUCCACCGCAUUGCCAACGAGCCCGAGUCGCCUGAGAACGAUGCUCUGCUGCUCGGUUAUGCCAUGGAGGGCAUUCGUCUGGCCGGAACGUUUGGCUCGUACCGCAAGGCCGCCGUCGCCGACGUGAUCAAGGAGGACGACGGCCGCGAGGUACCGGUCAAGGUCGGCGACCGCGUCUUCGUCAGCUUUGUCUCGGCUGCGCGCGACCCUGUGCACUUCCCCGACCCGGACACUGUCAACCCGCGCCGCCCACUCGACAAGUACAUUCACUACGGCGCCGGCCCUCACGCGUGCCUGGGCCGCGACAUCAGCCAAGUCGCCAUUGUCGAGCUGUUCCGCGCCCUCUUCCGCCACAAGAAUGUGCGUCGCGUGCCCGGUCCGCAGGGCGAGCUCAAGAAAGUGCCGCGCCCUGGUGGCUUCUUUGUGUACAUGAUGGAGGACUGGAGCUCGUACUUCCCCUUCCCGACGACCAUGAAGGUCAUGUGGGAUGAGAUCGAACCAGUCAUCCGAGUUCGCCGUGCCAUCCACGCAAACGACCAGCUCCUCGUGCGACGUAUUUUGGCAUCGCAUCCCCAUCUCCUGCACAACCCAGACACCUCCGAUGCCGGCCUCUCCAACUCCAAUCUUCACCUCGCCGCCUCCCUCGGCCAUCUCCACAUCUGCCAGCUGCUCAUCGAGCGCGGCCACGAGAAGGACGGGCCCGCCCUCAACGAAAACCAUGAGACGGCCCUGAUGCUGGCCGCUCGUGCUGGCCAUAUUGAGGUCGUGCACUACUUGUGCCAGGCCGGCGCCGCCUGGAUCCUCGGCGUCGAUGUCCAUGGCCGCGAUGCCAUCAUGGAGGCCAGCCGUGGCGGCCACGACACCAUCGUCCAGAUCCUGUUGACAUACAUUCCCUCGGGGCCGGAAGAGGCCGUCCGCCGCGCCGACAACGAGGGCAACACCGCCCUACACUUUGCCAGCAGCAAUGGUCAUCUGCUCGUGCUGCGCACUCUGCUGGCCGCUGGCGCCGACGCCGACCAUAAGAACAUUUGGUGCUGGACGCCUGUGGCCUACAGCGCGUCCGUCCAGGCCGAGGUGUACCUCAAAAACCUCAUCAACCAGACAAAGGCCGCUAUGGGCCAGCCGCCAAUACAUGCCCCAAUGCAGACGCAGGCGUCACCUCGCAAGGGUCGGCUCGGCGCCCCCGACAUGUUCAAGCGCGGACAGCUGGGUGCCAUGGCAUCUGGGCUGCGGCUGGUCCGUGAAGAUAGCCAUGAGAAGGCCCGCCAACGGUGA